UGCUCAGUUUCCCGGAUGAGGUUGAGUCACUCGUGCUGAUGUCACUCGCGCUCGGAAAAUGGCCGAGUCGGAAGAGGAGGUGGAUGUCUUGGUCCAGAGAGUUGUCAAAGAUAUCACUAACGCGUUUAAGAGAAACCCCGCCAUAGAUGAGAUUGGACUCAUACCAUGCCCUGAGGCUCGGUACAACAGAAGCCCCAUCGUUUUGGUGGAGAAUAAGCUUGGGGUGGAAAGCUGGUGCGUGAAGUUCCUGUUGCCUUAUGUGCACAACAAGCUGCUGCUCUAUCGACAGCGCAAGCAGUGGCUGGACCGUGAGGCGCUAGUUGACAUCACAUGCACAGUACUGCUAUUAAACCCAGACUUUACCACUGCCUGGAAUGUAAGGAAGGAGCUCCUUCAGUGUGGAGUGCUGAAUCCAGAGAAGGACCUGUACCUCGGGAAAUUAGCACUGACCAAGUAUCCAAAAAGCCCAGAGACAUGGAUACACAGGCGCUGGGUGCUGCAGAGGCUGCAGAAGGAGCCUUGUGGAGCUGACGAAAGGAGCGACUACAGUGAGCAGAUACAGAGAGCUGUGCAUGAGGAGAUGAAGGUGUGUGCAGAUGCUGCGGGCCGUUACCCCAGCAACUACAACGCCUGGUCACACCGUAUCUGGGUCCUGCAGCACAUGGCUAAAGGCAAUCUGAAGAUUCUUCAUGAUGAACUCUCCUCCACAAAACUUUGGGUGUCCAUGCACGUAUCUGACCACAGCGGCUUUCACUACCGCCAGUUCCUGCUCAAGGUACUGCUGGCUGAGCUGGGUCAGGUCCAACAGCCUAACAGAGGAGGCUCAGUGGACGAGCCCCACACCGACGCCAUCCCUCAGCUCUUCCAUGACGAGAUAGAGCUCUGCACUGACCUCAUCGAGUCAUACCCAGGCCACGAGACACUGUGGUGCCACAGACGGCAUGUGUUCUAUCUGUGGCACCACUGGCGGAAUAACAGUCAAGAGCAGGGUCCUCUAUCUCCAGGCCACGCCCACAAUCUCCUCAAUGACUCUCCAGACCCUAGUGAUGAAGACAGGAGCUUCCAGGCCAUGGACGUUGACUGUACACAAGAGGGCAGUAAGCAGGGAGGCUACACACAGGACAGUAAACGGUUGAAGCGAGGGCCACCCUGCCCCACUCUCCCUUCUGAACACACUUUCAUCUCGCGCAUCCUCAGCAGCUGCAGGAACCCUGAACAAGGCCGUUUCGCCAACGCAUACAGGAAGUGGCUGGACUCUGUUAUAGGUCAGUAGCUUAAGAUAUACUUCACCCACAUGGAAAUGGGUGAGGUUCAAUAGAUCAACUUAGUUUUGGCACCAUCCAUGCAAGUCCUGCGUAACUGAAGAAGGCCAGACUGUCAAGUGAAUUCCCCUUCAUGAUGAAAACCAAGUGAUGAGCCAUGGCAGAGAAAUGCUGGUCUGCAGUAUCUGCUUUUGUUCAGGUACUUGAUAUCUCAGGUCUGUGUUUGUUUGUUUGUUUUUUUUUGCUCAGUUUGAAACUUUUUAUAUUGUUUAUAUAUAGGUUUUCUUGGGUUUAUUAUUAUUAUUAUUAUUAUUAUUAUUAUUAUUAUUAUUAUUUUUGCACAUUUUAAACGAGUGCAGGACGUCUUCAUGAUGCUGCCUUCAGUUGUACACUUCCUGUCAGGAGACUUAGGUGCACAUGUUGGAGCUCAAACUGAUCCUGUCCCACUUCCUUCAGUUCCAUUAAGAGCAGGCAGGCUUUGGUUACUUUUGCUCUACCGUUUAUUCGUUCUCUGAACUGUACAGAUCUUAACAAAUUUCAGAGCAGUUUGCACCCGUUAAUGAUGUAAGCACAAUCACAGAGUUUCUCAGAAACCUUUAAAAACACGGUAGGCUGAUCGAUUUGGGAUCAAUAUUUAUUAAGACUUUUAAUAUCACACAACAGGAAUGGGUAGUGCUUGUGCAAAUUGUAGGUGUGUUUGUGUUCUAAUGUAAAGGCAUAGCAUUAGCUCAGGCUUCACAAUCGAAUACAUAAUCUUAUAGAGGCACAUUCAUCACACUGUAUAAAGAAUAAAGAUCACCUACACGUAACCGUUAAGUGUCAUGCUUCUGGAGAAUCUCAGUGUUAAAGCACAGUGUGAUAUAUAUUUUUUUUAAUGUAGCCUGAGUCUUCAUUAUGAAGGGGAAUCACGUUUCUUGACUCGUCUGCCCACUGAGGACGGUGUUGUGAUUAGUACAAGCUACAAAGCUGAAGUCGAACACUUGUCGAAUGGUGCUAAUUUUCUGCAGCCACUAAAGAAGGCUUUAACAGGCCCGGGUUGACAGAUGCUGCUUCUCUUUUAACACUACUAUAUUUAUGCAAAGAAUUGAUAUAAAUUUCAUGAUAGGCUCACUCAUAUCGCAAUUUAUUAAAACUAAACACUUCAGCCAGGUUUACACUGUGUGAUUUGUCGUUCGGUCGGAGACAGAAAUAGCACAUUAUACAGGAACUCUUCGCACAGUGAGUUGAGGUCGGUCAUGGUAUAUUGUGAAGUUCUCACAGGCAGCUGCCAUGGCGAGCGAAGACGAAACCGCGUUAAUGUUACUGAAGACUGCUGCUACAAGGCUUAACACAAAUCCACUGAUAGGAGCGCAGCAAAGGAUUGUGGGAAACUUGCUGUACAGGUACAAAUACAGUAGUAGCAUCGGUAAUGACAAACCAUGAUUACAGACAAAAAUAAAAUGUUAAUACCUCAAGCUCACAUUGAAAAACUGUUUCGGUUUAUGCAAGCCUGGAUCACACUGACUGAUGCUGCAAGCAGAACUUAGUAAUUUUCUUUAAUCGCAGGUCUUCAUCGUGUAAACUGACAGGAAGAACACGUUAUCACUGUCCGUCAUAGAAUUCGACCAAGAUGUUAACGGGAUCAUCUCGUACAGCGUGACAUGGUAUAAUCUUUGCAGACCGCUGAAAUGGCACAGUGUAAACCGGCUCUAGACGGUCACGGUCGAGCUAGCUGUGCGUUAGACAUUUCUGGCCUCUUAGCAACUUUUCAGCAGUACAAUCUUAUAAAGCAGACGUGAUUUAUGGCACAUUUGUAUAGGUUUGUUUGUAGGAAA